CCACCCGCGGCGGCAGAGCCCGCCUCCGCGCAGCAAGGAAACUGGCUGCAAUGGCUGCUCCCUGCCUGGCGUCCUCUGCCCAGAGGCCGCGCUUUCCCUGACCGACUCCUGUCCGGGCCCGCCCUGGGCCGUACCUCUAGCGGCGGGCGGUGCUGCGGCGGCGGGCGGGGCCGGCUGCAGGCUGGGCGCCGCCAUGCGAUUUCGGGCUAAGAUCGUGGAUCUCGCCUGCCUCAACCACUUCAGCCGUGUAAUUAACACAAUCGCCAAGUUAGCCAAGACCUGCACGCUGUGCCUUACUGACAGCAAGCUGUAUUUCAUUCUCUCUGAUAAAGUAGCAAAUGGAGGUGUCAGUAUGUGGUGUGAGCUGUGCCAGGGGAAUUUCUUCGAUGAAUUUCAGAUGGAAGGAGUAGCUGCAGAGCACAACGAAAUCUAUUUAGAGUUGGUGCCUGAGAACCUGUCACGAGCCUUAAAAACUGCCCAGAAUGCUAAGGCAGUGAAAAUCAAGUUGACUAACAAACACUGUCCCUGUCUCCGAGUUGCUGUGGAGUUACCAUCCUUAUCAAGCAGCAGUAGGAUUGUGACACAUGAUAUUCCUGUGGGGGUUAUUCCCAGAAGAUUGUGGAAUGACUUCAGAGAGCCCAGUGUGCCAGACUUUGAUGUCAGUAUUUACUUACCAGUGCUGAAAACAAUGAGGAGUGUUGUGGAGAGAAUGAAGAAUCUCAGCAAUUCCAUUGUGAUUGAAGCAAAUUUGAGUGGAGAAAUGAACUUGAAAAUAGAAACUGACUUAGUAUCUGUAACAACACAUUUUAAAGACUUGGGAAAUCCGCCCUGGGCAUCAGAGGAUGGAUGUCAAAGUUCUGCUCAAGGCAGAGAUCUGGAAAGCAUGGCUGAGGCACGCAUAGACAUCAAGAAACUGCAGCAGCUGCUUGCUGGACAGCAGGUCAAUCCCACAAAAGCAUUGUGCAAUAUUGUAAGUAAAAGAGUUGUCCACUUCAUCUUGCUUCAUGAGGAUGUUUCACUGCAGUAUUUUAUUCCAGCACUUGCCUGAAUGUUUUGGAAUCUCAGUCAUUUUCCAACCUGAGGCCUUUUCCGUGAAGUCUGAAAACUUUCAUGAGUUGCUGGAGUACUCUCAUGUGAUCCGCUGUUAGAUGCAGCCUUCAGAUGGACAUUAUUUCUAUAUUUAUGAAAUUAUUUGAAAUAUCUCCUCAUUCAGAAAGCAAUUUUUUGUGAAGAGUUAUAUGCUGUGAAAGACACAACGCUAGGGAGCUGGCAUAUCUGACCGUUAAGGGGAGCAAAACUGAAAUUUGUAUGUGCUUUUGGGAUGCUUUGAGCUGUGGGGAAGGCAACAUAAUAUUCUUUUUUUCUCGUCAACAAACAUAAAGGCGGAAUUGACCUCUGGAGCUGCUGCUAGGUGUUAAGCAGCUCUAAGUUAAGGGAUCUCCGAGCAAACUGUCAUACCUCUACAGAGCAGGAGAGCCCUCUGGAGGGUUGACAGAUUGGUAUUUGCCUGGGCAGGUAAGCAGAGCCCUCCUGAAGUGGUGCUGGAUUGACUUCUCUUCCAGCAGUGGUGUAAAAGGACUCGAUGCUGCUGCAUGUUGUGCAGCAGAAAUGUGUCUGAGGCAGAGGAGCUUCCUGCAGCUGCCAGCAUAUAACAGGAUGUAACAGAUGCUAAGGAGCACCAGCAAUUCAACAGCGUCUGUUUGUACCUGGUAGUAUCUUUUGAUCUGACUUGCUCCAGCAUACCUCAGUAGUUCUGUUAGUGCUGACGUGUGUAGCUCUUGGCCUGAGAGGAUGAAAUAAACAGUCUGAAUUACCUUGUUAAUGUGGGCAGUGAAGGUCUCUGUCUGUGUAUGGAAUGAAUAUCAUAGGAGGGCAUGUGUGAACACAGCAAUUGGUGUGAAAUAAAGGGCAAGUUAUCUGUGGAUCCCAUUUUUUUCCCCUCUGCAGGUGGAAAGCAUUGUACAACCUGUGUCAUCAUGGCAUCACACAUGGUGAGAUUGUAUCUAAACCCUGAUGCCAGGCAGCCAAGAGCAUGACUAAGUCUCACUAACAGGAGUACUGCCCCUGCUUCUGCAUCCUGGUUAUCUUCUGAGAUCUUUUCCUCUUUAUUCCAUGUGAGAUUGUAUUUGUUAUUCAGCUGUGUUCUGUAUAGCCUUUGAUGUUCCACAGGGUUUUGAGUAUCUUGUGAAACUUUUUGUUUUAGAAAUAGUGAGUCUUUGCUGCCAAAUAGGACUGGGAGUUUCUGCUAGACGGUAACUCUUGUGGUCAGUAGUAUUGGGUUUGGGUUGGUUUUUUUUCAAGGGGCAUUGAGGUUAAGGGAGCAAUUAGUCUUCCUGUUCUUGCAGAUUCAAAUGGUCAAGAGAAGGCUGAAGGAGAGGAAUGUUAGGCUUCUUUGCCUUCUUCCACCAUUUCUAUCAGAUUAACCAGGAGGCAUCUUUCAAAUCCUGUUAGUUUUCACGGGCAACUGCAAUUACCUAGCAAUCUGUAAGAUGAAAAUAGCUGUGCGCCAGGUUACAGCAGUUGUAUGAUAAGAGGUAUGUGAUACAUAUUCCUGGAUUUUCUCCUGAGGAGAAGGGAAGAACUGUCAAGAGUACGAUACAGAGUAUGCACUAUAAAAGUAGGCUUUGAAAUCUUUGGAUUUUCUCCUUUGAAAAAUGUGUUCUGUAAAACCUGAUGGAAAUGGCUUUUUCUGGUAUAGCAUAGGAACUAGUAAUAGUGGCCUCUUGACUAUGCUGGCUCUAUGAUUGCUUUUUUUAAAAAGAAGUUAUCAUUGCAAGAAAAUUAGGCGGGUUUUUUGUAAUAAAAAAAUAAAUAAAAGUGAGAGUAAUGCUGGUACAGGACAGGAGUAUGCAGUGAGAUGUCCAUUUCGUAUUCUGGAGGGGAAGAGGCUAGGCAGACUAACAGAGGUGAAGUCUCUCCAGCCUUCCCACCUAAAUACAGCACAAGGAUUACAGCUGAGCCUUGCCAUCCCUUUGACGCGUACAUGGUGAUCAGAGAGAAAAUAAUAAUUAUUUGUGUUCAAACCUUCUGUCGUCUGUGAAUCCAAGUGUCAGAGCCCUGAGGGCAGUAUUGGGCCUUAAUGGCCCUAAGCAGCCUCACCAGGGAUCCCUGCCCACCCCUGUCCAUGAGCCUGCAGAUCCUAUUUCAGCUUGGGCUGUGGCAUCCCCUGCUCUCCUAAGCUGUGUUCUAGGUGAGCCUGGGCCAAACCUAUUCCUGAAUUGAUGUUUCAGUUUCCUAGAUUGGCUUUGGAUGGGAGCUGUUGUUCUCGCCACCUGGUUCUGCUUGCCUGGUUUAGGUUCUGUGAGCCUGUGCCCCAGUUGCCGGGGUGCUGCUUAGUCUGCAUUAUGUCCACCCUCUGCUCCUGGCUCCUUGUUGCUCCUGGAGCAGCCUUGCUCUUGCUGCUCCUUAACACCAAUAGAAAUAUUUCUCAUUAACAGCCCUAGCUGGUUCCACAUGAUGAACCAAUGGUUCUAUGCCAGAAAACUUUUCUUGUGGUUUAAGCUGCCAAGACAAAACAGUUACAAGCCACUGGUGGGACUAAAAAAUUAACUGUAAGACCCUCCAGCUUCUCUCCAACACUGUGUUGUCCUAAUGCACGUUUCUGUUGUGGGAUGUUAGGAGUGGCCACCACCUCCAGGAGCUCUGGCCCAGGAUUCCUGCUGCACAGCUACUGGAGCCCAGCCUCAGGUACCUGGGUACUGGGGAAGUGUAUGCCCUGGACUGAGGAAUGUAGCUGCUGCUUUCCUACUUGCGGGUUCAACCAGCAGCGAAGCUGAGCUUGUGUCCCGGAGAGAUGCACAGGCACACAGAGGACACUGACAUGGCUGGUGACAGACUGCCACAGAGAAGCCGUGCCUUCAGCUGUAUGUAUCCACAUACAGGACCCACGUAAAACAAGCACAGCCAGCCACGUCCUCUUCCUUCUUUUCAUCCGGCAGAGACAGGUCACUGGUGCAGGCACGUACACAGUGCUCUGUAGGUUCACAAGCACAUACACAUUAGUAGAUCCCUCAAGUACUGGCACUGUCUGCCUAGUACCCUUGUCCAGACCCUAGCCCUCUUACCUGCCCCGUGGGGCCCUGUUCGCUGGCUUGUCCAGAUCAGUGGAUGCUAGCAAACAUGCAGCACUUGCUUGUGUCCUGCAGGCAUCCCAUACUUGCCGGUCCCUCUGGAUAUAAGCACAGACUCUUUGCCUGCCUAAUACCCCAGCCGUGAUCCAGCCCCUCGUACUCACUGGCUUAUCCAGCUUCCACGUUUGACAACAAACGCACACCCGGUUUCACAAGACACUUGCCCCGCCAGGAGCUGAUACCAGUUGCGUGGGCUGUGACCCUCAGUCCGGUUCUAGCCUCUGGCACCAAGCCCCACACCUGCUUCACUCACACCAGUGCCUCCCCAGUAGUUGAUUUUUGGGACACGCAACUCCCACACCAGUGGCUGGGACCCUGACACUUGCUCCAGUAGCUGACGCUACAGCCCCGGGGCACCUGCAACCCUGGUCUUGCCUCCAGUAGCUGGCACUGAUUGCACUCACGCUGUUCCCUGCUGUAGCUGGCACCUAGUUCUUGCAGCACGUAGAUACUCGAUAGGGAGGGAGGUUACACAGAGGUAGUGAAGAAAGGGCUUAAUAAGAAGAUAGGACGGACUGAGAUGACGAGCGUACUGACUGACCUUUAUAUGCCUUUCUGCCCACUCCCCCUUUGUUCCUCCCCGCUCCCCAUUGCCCUGCACGUUGCCUCAUCAGUUGGCAUAUUUCCACCCACCCCCUCCAACAUGCUCCUCCGUGAGGUUUGCAUCUUUGUCAGUUGCAAAGUCCCGUUUUUGGCUGUGUUGUGGGCUGACCCCCAUAGGCAGCUCAGGCCCACGCAGCCACUUGCUCACUGUCCCCUGGUGGGAUGGGGGAGAGAAUUGGAACGGUAAAAGUGAGAAAAAUUGUGGGUAGAGAUAAAGACCAUUUAAUACAUAAAGCAAAAGCUGUACGCGCAAGCGAAGCAGAAUAGGCACUUCACUCACUACUUCCCAUACGCAGGCGGGAGUUCAGCCAUCUCCAGAAAAGCAAGGCUUCAUAAUGCAUAAUGCUUACUUGGGAAGAUAAACACUGUAACUCCAAAUGCCCUCCCCUUCUUCUGCCCCAGCUGAGCACGACGCCAUAGAGUAUGGGGUGUCCCUUUGGUCAGCUGGGGUCAGCUGUCCCAGCUGUGUCCGCUCCCAACUUUUUGUGCGCCUCCAGCCUGGUGGGGUGGUAUGAGAGAGAAGUCCUUGAUGCUGUGUAAUCACUGGUCAGCAAUAACUAAAACAUGGGUGUGUUAUCAACACCGGUUUGGUCAUAAAUCCAGAACAUAGCCCCACAGGAAGAAAAUUUAACUAUAUCCCAGCCAAAAGCAAUAUAGCCUGCAGUUUCUUGAUAGCCCAACAAUUAGUGUGAAUAACCAGGGGUUUUGGGUUUUUUUCCCUGGUUAUCG